UAAUCAAUAAUGUUCUGUUAUCUGUGGUUUUUAUACAUUUGGGAAGAAAUUUGUCUGAAUUUUUAGAUUUUUUAUUCAAGUUCACUCUAAAUUUUUUGAACAAAAAUGUCAGCUGCAGGAUCUGUUACAAAAUUGUCUUUACCAGGACCAUUAAGAAUAAUAGGAAAAAAACAUAUUGAAAUCGCUUCUCAGUGGAUUGGAUCUGCUAUAACUUUUGGAGCUACUGCAGGAAUAGGUUUGUGUUAUGCCACUGAUUGGAAAACUGUACUACAGUUUUUGCCAUACUAUAAUGGUAAAUUCAAAGAGGAAGAAUAAAAUUACUUUUAUAGUACAUUAAUUGUUAAAGCUGUUUUAGUGGUAAAUAUUUAACUUAUGUCUACUUUUUAUGUACAAAAUAUAUCUAGUAGGAACAAAUUUAAAAUCUUUUA